CCGCGGGUGUGAGCGCGCGCGUGUGUCGGCGCGCCGCGCCCGGCGCCCCCGCCAGUCCUGCCGGAAGAUGGUCAACGACCGGUGGAAGACCAUGGGCGGCGCUGCCCAACUUGAGGACCGGCCGCGCGACAAGCCGCAGGCGAGGAAACUGAGGCUCAGCGAGCGGCCUAGCUGUGGUUACAUGCUGUGCACCGUGCUGCUGGCCCUGGCUGUGCUGCUGGCCGUGGCUGUCACCGGUGCCGUGCUGUUCCUGAACCACACCCACACGCCAGGCACAGCACCCCCGCCUGUCGUCAGCACUGGGGCUGCCGGCGCCAACAGCGCCCUGGUCACCGUGGAGAGGGCAGACAGCUCCCGCCUCAGCAUCCUCAUCGACCCGCGCUGCCCCGACCUCACCGACAGCUUUGCACGCCUGGAGAGCGCCCAGGCCUCGGUGCUGGAGGCGCUGACCGAGCACCAGGCCCAGCCACGGGUGGUGGGCGACCAGGAGCAGGAGUUACUGGACACGCUGGCCGACCAGCUGCCGCGGCUGCUGACCCGAGCCUCGGAGCUGCAGACGGAGUGCAUGGGGCUACGGAAGGGGCAUGGCACGCUGGGCCAGGGCCUCAGCGCCCUGCAGAGCGAGCAGGGCCGCCUCAUCCAGCUUCUCUCUGAGAGCCAGGGCCACAUGGCUCACCUGGUGAACUCCGUCGGCGACAUCCUGGAUGCCCUACAGAGGGACCGGGGGCUGGGCCGGCCCCGCGCCAAGGCCGACCUUCAGAGAGCGCCUGCCCGAGGAGCCCGGCCUCGGGGCUGUGCCACUGGCUCCCGGCCCCGAGACUGUCUGGACGUCCUCCUAAGCGGACAGCAGGACGAUGGCGUGUACUCUGUCUUUCCCACGCACUACCCGGCUGGCUUCCAGGUCUACUGUGACAUGCGCACAGACGGCGGCGGCUGGACGGUGUUUCAGCGCCGGGAGGACGGCUCCGUGAACUUCUUCCGGGGCUGGGACGCGUACCGAGACGGCUUCGGCAAGCUCACCGGGGAGCACUGGCUAGGCCUCAAGAGGAUCCACGCCCUGACCACACAGACUGCCUACGAGCUGCACGUGGACCUGCAGGACUUUGACAACGGCACGGCCUAUGCCCGCUACGGGAGCUUCGGCGUGGGUUUGUUCUCUGUGGACCCUGAGGAAGACGGGUACCCGCUCACCGUGGCUGACUAUUCCGGCACUGCAGGCGACUCCCUCCUGAAGCACAGCGGCAUGAGGUUCACCACCAAGGACCGUGACAGCGACCACUCGGAGAACAACUGCGCUGCCUUCUACCGAGGCGCCUGGUGGUACCGCAACUGCCACACGUCCAACCUCAACGGGCAGUACCUGCGUGGUGCCCACACCUCCUAUGCCGACGGUGUGGAGUGGUCCUCCUGGACCGGCUGGCAGUACUCACUCAAGUUCUCCGAGAUGAAGAUCCGGCCGGUCCGGGAGGACCGCUAGACCGGUGCAUCUUGCCCUUGGCCCUGCUGGUCCCCAUCGCCCCAUCGCUGACCCCACCUCACUCCUUCGUGAAUGUUCUCCACCCACCUGUGCCUGGCUGACCCACUCCAGCAGGGAGGGGCUGGGCCAUCCCUGACACGAAGCCCCAUGGGCUGGUGAAGUCACACAUCACCUUCUCACCGUCGCUAACUGAUCUCUUGCCUCUGUUGAUGGGGGCUGGCAAACUUGACGACCCCAACUCCUGCCUGCCCCCACGGUGGCUCCCGUGCUGUUUGCCGUCCCCUGGCCAGGAUGGUGACGUCUGCCCCAGGCAGCCCUCUGCUCUGCCCACCCAAACACCUGGCACUAUGGGGACAGAGAGCAGGGGCAGACAGCACCCCUGGAGCCCUCUUAGCGGAUCGUGGGGAACGUCAGGUCUUUCUGAGGUCAGGUCUGAGGCCAGUGUCCUCCAGCCCUUCCAGUGCCAACCCUCACCCCCAUUUCCCUGGUGCCCAGAUAACCCACCUCUCCCCCCAGGGCCUCGGCCUGGCUGUGGGCUGGGUGGCCCCAUCCUACCAUGCCCUGAGGCCAGGAAGGGGAGCUGCUACCUUUGGGGACCCAUGCUCUAAGGCUGAGACCAGUUCCAUGGAGGCCACCCACCCUGUGCCUCGGCAGGCCUGGGGUCUCCAGUCCCCUUACCUGCUAUACCCACCUCCUCUCUGUCUCAAAUGAGGCCCAACCUAUCUCCCACCCA